CUUUGUUUCUUGGACUUAAAAUCAAAGAAAAAUGUCGACCGAUUCUGCCGUUUCUAUUUUAUGGGAUGUUUUGAAGUACGUAGUUGUUCGCAUCAAGCGUCAAUUCGGAUACGUCAUGUCCUCCAAGAGUUACGUCAACGAUCUUCAGGAGGAAGUCCAGAAGCUGGCUAACGAGUCUCAGAGGGUCCACAUUCUUGCUGAAGUGGCUAGUAACAAUCUACGGAAUUUCUACGGUGGCUUCACGGAGUGGCAGACAAAUGCUGAAAAUGCCUUGAAGGAGGCGCGAGACCUGUUGGGCAUCUUCGAACAGGCGAGCAAGACUUGCUGCUACGGGACUCUUCCCGACCCCAAUUGUCGCUAUCGGUUCAGCAGGCAGGCCAAGGUCAAGAUCGAGGCCAUUCGGCAACUCGCUCAAAAAUGCAGUGAAUUCAAGGAAUUGAAUGACAUCUCCUUCAGCGAUCCUGCUCCGGGGAAUGUCACUGCUCCGACUCCAGCCAGGAGUGAAGGCAAAGAUAUUGUCCAGUCCACCACCACGACGACCUCCACUUCGUCUUCCUCAACGUCGAUUACGCUUAAGGACGAUGGCCUCUUUGAAUCCAGAGUUUCGAUCAUAAGGGACAUCAUGGAAGCUCUUGCUGAUAACAGCAAUAGUGUGGUCGGGGUUCACGGGAUGGGCGGGGUCGGCAAGUCCACCCUUUUGGCAGAUGCCGAAAGGAGAAUAAAGGAAGAAAAGUUGUUCGAUUGGAUCACUAAGGCGGACGUGUCAGAAAAUCCAGACAUCAAGAGGAUUCAAGGAGAGAUUGCGUACUGGUUGGGCCUUAGUGACAUAAAGAAGGAAGAUGAUGUCAGCUUGCGAGCGAAGCUUCUGCGAGAGAGGUUGGAAGAUGAGGAGAGGAAGAAAAAGAAGGUCCUCAUAAUAUUGGACAACCUGUGGGAGCAGCUCAACUUGAAAUUAGUCGGUAUUCCUUGCGGAAAUGACAACAAAGUCAGCGGAUGCAAGUUGUUGUUGACGGCGAGAGAUCAACGUGUUUUGCGAAGGGAAAUGCGCUGUGACAAGGACUUCCUCCUUGGCGAGCUGAAGGAGGAAGAGGCAAAAAGAUUGUUUAAGACGAUGGUAGGAGGCAAAGUUCAUGUUGAGUUCGAACCCUUGAUGGAUGAAGCACUCCGCAUAAGUGCAGGUUUGCCUUUCCUAAUUCUCGCAAUGGCAAAACUUUUUAUAGACACCAGUUUAUCUGAAUGUAAGGAUGCUUUGAAACAAAUCGAGAACAAAGAAAUCAGUGAGGUGAUAAAUAAAACCUUGCAAUUAAGUUAUGAUCAUAUAAAAAGCAAAGACGCGAAGUCAUUAUUACGACUCUGUGCUGUUUAUGGUGUCUCUGAGCCCUCUCUUGAAAACUUGGUGAGGUACGGCGUGGGUUUAGGGUUAUUUGGAGAAGAUAGCAGCAUGGAAGAUGCUAGAAAUAGGUUGAGCUCGCUAAUCCAUACUCUUCAAGCCUCCUCCCUUUUGUUACACAAUGAAGAAGAUGGUUUCAAGAUACAUGACUUGGUUCGUGGAUUUGUUGCCUCGGUCACUUCAAGGGAUGACCCUCUUCUCGUGUUGAAAGAUAAUAAGAAGUCGGUAGUAGAGUUGCCGAAGGACAAGCUUAAAAGUUGUACAGCAAUAUGCUUUCCCUAUGUUGACAUGAAGGAGCUUCCCGAAGAAUUAGAUUGUCCCGAAUUGCGGAUCUUCUUGUUGUUUACAAACAAUGAAUCCCUUAAGGUCCCAGAUUCAUUAUUUAGCACUAUGAGGAAACUUAUGAUUUUAAAUCUUAUUGGGAUACGUCUCGCUCAUUCGCCUUCGUCAUUUCAAUUAUUGGAGAAGUUACACACAUUGUGCCUUGAUGGUUGUUCGAUAGAUGACGUAACUAUUCUUGGUGAGCUAAAAGGGCUACGAAUUCUCAGCUUUUUGAGCUCCAAAAUCCAACGAUUGCCAAAAGAAAUUGGGCAAUUGACAGAGCUGAGGUUGUUAGACUUGACCAAUUGUAGACAACUUGAGAUAAUUGAACCGGGUGUGCUUGGAAACUUGAUCAAAUUGGAGGAGUUGUAUAUGCUGGAGAGCUUUCAUCAUUGGAAUGUUGUUGAUCAAACUCCCCCAACUAAUGCUAGUCUUAUUGAGCUGAAUAACAUGAAGAAUCUCUGUACUUUGCAUGUAUUCAUUCUUGAUUCAAGUGUCCUCCCACAAGAUUUAAACGUUGAGAAAUUAACCAAGUACUUAAUCCGAAUAGGUGAACUGUGGCGUUGGUCAAGGCACAAAGGCUCAAGGACAUUGGAGAUCAAGUUGAAUCCAAUAAGCAAUAUUCUUCAUACAGGAUGCAUACGAACUGCCUUAGACAAAAUUGACGAUCUAUAUUUGGACGGGUUGAAUGGAAUUGAGCAAAGUAUUUGUGAGUUAUCCCCAGAAGGUUUUCCAAAAUUAAAGUAUCUACAUGUCCAGAAUAAUCCCUCCAUCCAUUACAUCAUCGGACGGCUUUCCCUUCCUGCUUUUAAGAUGUUGGAGUCGUUACUUCUCGAUAAUUUCAUCAACUUGGAGAAGAUAUGCCACGGCCAUAUCUCCUCCAUGUCUUUCAGGACAUUAAAAGUAGUAUUAGUCAAAAGUUGUCCCAAGAUGGAAGUUCUGUUCCCUCUUUCUUUACUGAGAAAGCUUCCACAGCUAGAAGAGAUCCGAGUUAUCGAUUGCAACUUUAUGCGGGAGAUUGUAGAAGCUGAUGAUCAUGGCAAAGUUGAGUUGCGUAAUUUGCAUAAAUUGGAAUUGCAUAACUUGCCAAAUAUCAAGAACUUUGUGACCGCUAGGACGGCUCCUUUGAGUAGUACAUUAGACGGCCAAGUUGGCACUCAAGUUGCAUUCUUCAACGGGCAACAGGUCUCAAUUCCAUCCUUGGAGUCCUUAUCGCUGAGUGGACUUCCCAAACUGAAAAGUUUAUGGAGUGAUGAAUUUCCAUUGGGGCUAAGCAAUCUUCGAUCUCUCACGAUAGGGUCAUGCAAAUCUCUCUCAAAGGUUAUCAACUCUAAGUCGCUGGUAAAACUACACAAGUUACACACUUUAACUAUAUAUCAUUGCGAUUCGGUGGAAGAAAUUUUUGACCUCGAUGUACCAAACGCCAGUGGAAAUGUUGAGACUUUGUUUGAGCUAACCACCUUGAAAUUAAAUUACUUGGAGAGCUUGAGGCACAUAUGGAACAAGAAUGCUUGUGAAAUAGUACGAUUCCAUAAUUUACAGCGGUUAGAGGUGUCCGGAUGUGACAAUCUUCUGUUUAUGUUUUUCUCAUCCAUGGUUGAAUCUCUUGCAAAACUGAGAGAUCUAAAGGUACAUAAUUGCGACAAGAUGGAGGCGAUCAUUAUGGAGGAAGAAGGGUCGAGAAUGGAAACAUUAGAAACUUUGGCAUUCCCUUUGUUAACCAAUUUAGAGUUAAGCGAUUUGGAAAGCUUGACGUGCUUCUCUCGCGGAAAGUGUUCACGAAAAGUUCGGAGUCAAGACCACGUCAAGUCACGCUUCAAUGUCCUCUUCGAUCAAGAGGUUUCAAUUCCAUCCUUGGAGUACUUGUCGAUGAGUAAACUUUCCAAUCUGAAAUAUUUAUGGAGUGAUGAAUUUCCAUUGGGGUUGAGCAAUCUUCAAUCUCUCGUGAUAUCUUCCUGCAAAUCUCUCUCAAAGGUUAUCAACUCUGAGUUGUUGGUAAAACUACACAAGUUACACACUUUGACUAUAAAAUAUUGUGAUUCGCUGGAAGAAAUUUUUUACCUUGAUGUACCAAACGCCAGUGGAAAUGUUGGGACUUUCUCUGAGCUAACCACAUUGAAAUUAAGUUACUUGGUGAGCUUGAGGCACAUAUGGAACAAGAAUCCUUGUGAAAUAGUACGAUUCCAUAAUUUACAGCAGUUAAAGGUGUCUCAAUGCGACAAUCUCUGGUUUAUAUUUUUCCCAUCCAUGGUUAAAUCUCUUGCAAAACUGAGAGUUCUAGAGGUACGUUAUUGCAACAAGAUGGAGGCGAUCAUUAUGGAGGAAGAAGGGUCGAGAAUGGAAACAUCAGAAACUUUGGCAUUCCCUAUGUUAACCCAUGUUGAGUUAAGCAAUUUGGAAAGCUUGACGUGCUUCUCUCGCGGAAAGUGUUCACGAAAAGUUCGGAGUCAAGACCACGUCAAAACACGCUUCAAUGUCCUCUUCGAUCAAGAGGUUGUGUUUCCUAGCCUGGAGACAUUAAAGAUCUUUGCAAUGGAUAACAUCGAGGUGAUAUGGGACAAUCAAGCGUAUUUUCGACAUUUGAAGACUCUCGUUGUGUCAUUAUGUCGUGAAUUAUCACAUAUUUUCACAUCGACAAUAGCUGAAAAUUUGGUGGAACUCACCGAAUUGAGAAUAAGUAAUUGUAUAAUGUUGGCAAAAGUCAUUGUUGAUGAGGGAGGUAAAGAGGGGCAUGUAGUGGCUUUCAAACAAUUGAAGUAUUUGGAGCUUGACCAGUUGAUAGGGUUGAGAUGUUUAAGCUUAGGUGAACACACUUUGAUGUUCCCUCUCUUGAAAGAUGUCAUUGUGAGUGGAUGUCCCAACAUGAAGUUUUUCUCUGAGGGACCAAUAGAGACGCCAAAGUUGGACGGAGUACAAGUAACUAAACAUGAAAGGAAAUUUUGGAAGGAAAACCUGAACUUCACCAUCCGAAAUAUGUUUGAAGGAAUGGCUAAGUUUGCUAGAGUGAAGACAAUACGGCUAUCUGAGUUCCCCGAGUCGAUCGGAAAAUGGCAUAGCGAACUUAUUCCCAACAAGUCAUCGUGGCAAUUGGAAUCACUUAUGGUGGAUCAAUGUCCAUCAUUUAUUAACGCAAUUCCAUCCAGCUUGAUGCUUAUUUUAAAUCAAAUGAGCAAAUUGCAUGUUCGCGAUUGUGAGUUGCUAGAAGAAAUAUUUGAUCUCGAAGGGCUGGAGGGUGUGGAAAGCACUUGGAAACUGCCUUCCUUCAUGACUUUGGAUUUGGUCAAUCUACCAAAGUUGAGGCGACUAUGGAACAAAGAUCUUCAAGGAUCGCUACCCUCCCAUUUUCUGCGGAAUCUGACCCUUUAUAAAUGUAGCAACUUGAGACAUGCUUUCGCUCCAUCGAUGGCUCGGUGCCUUGCCAAUCUAACGAAAAUUGAAAUAAAGGAGUGUGGUCAGAUGGAAGGAGUGAUCGCAGAGGAUGAAGGGCUGAGAAACACAGUGAAGAAGAUUACAUUCCCGGAGCUCCGGAAUAUGAAAUUGGAAUGCUUGCCUAACUUGACUUGUUUCUUCUCGGGGAAUAAUCACGCACUUGAUUGUCCCGAAUUAAGAUCUCUGACCAUUGCCCACUGCCCCAAGAUGAGAAGUUUGAUUUCGCAAUCUUCGACGGAGAUUGACAACGGCACCCCUUCACUUUUCACUCCACAGGUACAAUUUCCAAGGCUUAAUGGGAUCGUUCUCUCUCACAUUGAUAAUUUGAGCAAAAUAUGGACCGAUGAUCCUCAAGAAGCUCUUGCUUUUGAAAAUUUACGGAGCCUGGAGGUUAAUAGAUGUAAGAGCCUUGAAAAUAUAUUUCCGCAUUGGUUGGCUACAAGUCUAAACAAACUUCAAACACUUCAAGUGGAGUCUUGUGGGCUUGAGGAAAUAGUCGUGAGUGGAGAUGAAACUCCACACUCCACUACUGCUCAAGUUCUUUUCCUGAAACUGACAUCUUUGGUGUUACAUGAUAUGCCACGACUCAAGAGCUUUUGCACUACCUUGCCCACUUUGAACUGGUCAUCCUUGCAAGAAUUGCGAGUGACUCACUGUGACAAACUGAACAUGUCCUUUGUGGCACCCAUGAACAAGUGGCCUCAAAGAGAUGAUAAACGGGACCUUUCAAACCAAGAAGCACAUGCUUCAUUUCAAAGGGACUUUCCAAACGUGAAGAGACUUUUAUUAGUCGAGAAGGAUAUUGAGAUGAUACGGGAUGGAAAAUUACCUGAUGACAUCUUUGGCAAGACAGAAGCACUAACAUUGGCAUGCUUUCAUGAUGAAAAUGCCGUCUUUCCUUCCAGAUUCCUCCUAGAGAGAUUUGAGAAGCUGCAAAGCCUUGAGGUCUUCUGCAGUUCCUUUGAAGCUAUAUUUCCCGAUGAAGGGCUUGUUGAUGAGGAAAAACAUCCGGUGCUUGAAAAUUUAAGAGAACUUAAGUUAAGCAAGCUACACAACCUAAAGCGUGUGUGGAGAGAAGAAGACUAUUUAGUGGCGAAAAUUCUUCAGAGUAUCAAAACAUUUGAGGUUUGGGAUUGUCUCGGUUUGACGACAAUAUUUCCAGCCGUGACAUCCUUCCAGAAUUUGAUGGAGUUAGUGGUGAAGAAUUCCACUGGAUUGGUACAUCUAGUAACAGUUUCGGCGAUUACAAAUUUGGUGCAUCUCACUGACAUUACUAUAAUAGGGUGUGAAAGAAUGAAAGAAGUAGUGAUAAACGAUGGAAACGGAGAAGGAAAAGUGAUUUCUCUUGGGAAGCUAGAAAGUUUGACACUCCAACAUCUGCCGAGCUUAGAAUGCUUCUCCUCCACCACAAGUUACAUCUCGGGGUUUCCAUCCUUGCGGGAGAUUAAAGUGGAAGACUGUCCUAAAAUGAAGAUGUUUUCUAAGGGUAGGCUACACACACCAAAGCUGCGUUUUGCCAUACUGUUCAGAUACGACUGGGAUGUGCGCUCGGAGGGUAAUCUCAAUACAGCCAUACAAAAGUUGUCAGCAUAAACAAAUGCACACAAACUUAGUAAGAUCCAAUCAAUGUCAUUCGCAUCCGAUUUUUUCUUUCGCUUGCCUCUGCUUCUCAAAUUGUUCGACACUUCAAGCUCCACAAGUUCUAAAAUUUUCCGUCUUUUUAACUUGUCCAGUCAUCGAUAAAAGGGAAUGGCUGGCGCUGCAAGUGGUGCAGAGACCUGGACGUUCACUCGGGCACUAUCGGAGGUUGAUCAUGAAGAAAUUUUCUU